AUGAAGUCCUUUUUCUAUGCCAUAGUGGCUCUCGUUAUUGUUGCAACAAUUGCGGCUAGGUCUUCGGAUAGAAAUCGUCUCUUGCGUCGUCUUAAAUUCACUUCACUCAAUCAUAUCGGCAGGUCAAAUGAACGCAGAAAUAUGAUCAAUAAUGCUCGAUUCUAUUUUAACGCACGUGAAACAUCUGCACCUAAAACACGAUGUGGUGAAAUACUGGUAGAUACAAUAAUUCGAGACGCAGAUACAUAUGACAGAAAUCCAUUGUUCUUAACAACAGACACAGCUGAAGAUUGUGGCAAUCAUUGUGAAUCAUUGCCAAAUUGUGUCGCAUGGACUUAUCAUGUCGCUACUCUUGAUUGUUAUCCCAUGGUUCAUAUACAAGAAACGCCUGGAACUUAUAUUGGCUAUAAAUCAGGAUUUUGCAAUGGAAAAUCAGCAAAGCAAGAAGCAGAGUGUACAGAAGUUGUGCACGAUCAAUCAUUUAUUCAUCGUGUAGGAAAUCUUGAAACUGUUGGCUAUUACAAAUACCAAAAAGUUUUAGACACAGCCGAAAAAUGUCGAGACUAUUGUAAUUCAAUACCGGAAUGUCUUGCCUGGUUGUAUGAUGAUACUACACAUGUUUGCCAUCCCGAAACAACUGUAAAACCAUUAGCAAGACAGUCGACUGGUUCAACAUCUGGAUUUUGUAAUAGACAGCCAGCUGUACCAACCGCAAGACGAUGUAGUGAAACGAUCGUAGAUAAAAAAAUUGAAGAUGCCGAUACAUAUGAAAAUGGGAAUCCAUUAUUUUUAACAACUGAUACAGCUGAAGAGUGUGGGAAUCGCUGUGAAUUAUUGGCAAACUGUGUGGCAUGGACUUAUCGUAGCGCUACUCUUGAUUGUAAUCCAAUGGUCCAUGUGAAAGAAGAGCCAGUACCUUAUAGUGGUUAUAAAUCAGCAUUUUGCAAAAUAAAACCAGCAAAACAAGAAGAAGCAUGUACCGAAGUUGUGCAGGAUCAAAUAAUGCUAUAUCGAGGAAAGUAUGACGACAAUGAUUUUGCUAAAUAUGCGAAAACUUUGAACACGGCAGAAGAAUGCAGAGAUUAUUGUAAUUCAACACCGGAAUGUCUGGCCUGGAUGCAUGAACAUCUCGAUAACACGUGCUCUCUAAAAACAGCUGUCAAACCAGAUGCAGAAUAUGCGCGCUACUACACAUCAGGAUUUUGUAAUAGAAAACCAACAAUAAUAUUAGCAGCAUGCUCAAAAAUUGUGCACGAUCGAACUUUAGCAUAUCGAGAGGGCUCCGACGAGGCUGAUAUUAAAAAAUACCGUAAAGUUUUAAACACAACUGAAGAAUGCAGAGACUAUUGUAACUCAAUAUCGGAAUGUCUGGCCUGGGAGUAUAAUGAUGUCGGUCACGAUUGUGACCUGAAAACAGUGGUGAAACCAGAGGCACAAUAUUUUCCUGGUGCUAUAUCAGGAUUUUGUAAUAGAAAACCAGCAACAUAA